GUGAUGAUGUUUUGUUUAUGGAGAAAAAGGGGGGUGAUUGUUUGUUGAUUGCAGACACCGGACACGCGCCUGUCAAUUUAGAAAAGUGGCCGCUGCGCACGUGUCAUGAAUCCAGCGUUAAUUUUGCGCAUGCGCGCACCUGUUGAUCGCUGAGAGUGACCUUCUUUGACGACAUGAGAUAAAUAUAAAUCUCGACUGACUGCACACAUAAUUCACACUAAUGACAUCUUAACUGAGUUUCGUACUCUGAAAUAAUGAGGUUCCUGAGACCAAGAAGGAUUCUCCUGUUUCUGAAGCUCACUUCUGUUCUGGCGAUGCUGUGGCUGCUCUCCAUUCUCAGCUGCUCUGAUGAAGAGUGGGAUUCAAACUACAGACUCGGUUACCGCUGGUUCGAGUACGCGGACGAUGACGGGAGCCCGGAAGCCACGUGCAACUGCUCGGCCAUCCUGCAGGGAGACAGCCGGGCAGUAGAACAGGCCAAAAUACUCAGCAUCACCAGGGCUUUCCGCAAGAAUGUUCUACUUUCGGAUGAGCAUUACAUUAAAGCGGCCCAAGACUGCAGGGAAUUCAAGUUGAGCAGGAGAUACAUAACAUUCCCAUUAAGUCAGGAGGAAGAGGACUUCCCAAUAGCUUACUCUUUGGUUGUGCAUCAUAAGGUGCAGAACUUUGAGCGGCUCCUGAGAGCCAUCUACGCACCUCAAAAUCUAUACUGCGUCCACGUGGACAAAAAAGCAAAGGACUCGGUUGUAGCUGCCAUCACGGCGAUUACGUCCUGUUUCCCAAACACCUUCAUGGUCAGCAGGACUGAAGAUGUGAUCUACGGUGCCUGGCCACGUGUCCAGGCCGACCUCAACUGUAUGGCUGAUCUUUAUAACAUGCGCAAAAAAUGGAAAUACUUCAUCAACCUUUGUGGCCAAGAUUUCCCUCUAAAAACCAAUUUGGAGAUCGUAAGACAGCUGCGUUCACUGAACGGUGCAAACAGUUUAGAGUCGGAACAAAUGCCUGCAGGAAAGGCGUGGAGGGUGGCCUCUGUUUGCCAGAUACUUGAUGGAAGAUUAGAGGUGACGCAAACACCAAAGGGGCCGCCUCCCUUCAACAUGCCUAUUCUGUCAGGAAAUGCCUACAUUGUGGUAAACCGAGGCUUCAUCCGCACUGUGCUGAAGGACAAGCGAGUGCAGGCACUGUUGGAAUGGUCCAAAGACACAUACAGUCCCGACGAGUUCAUCUGGGCGACCAUUCAACGAAUCCCCGGCGUCCCAGGCUCGACCUGGCCCAGCCCCAAAUACGACAUGACCGACAUCAACGCCAUCGCAAGACUGGUGAAAUGGGAUGGACACGAGGGGUCACGCAGUUCAAUACAGGCGGUGUAUCCAGCGUGCGAAGGUACACAUGUGCGGUCAGUAUGCGUGUAUGGUUCUGGAGACCUCCAGUGGAUGCUGGAGCAGCAUCAUCUAUUUGCUAAUAAGUUUGACAUUGAUAUGGACCCUGUUGCUGUCUACUGCCUGGAGAAAUAUCUGAGACAGAAGGCACUGUCUGAGUUACAAUACAUGUAUGAGAGGUUUAUCACUGCAACCAAGGACGCAAUUAAAUUCAAUCCUUUAUUUAUACAGGAAGACUUCAUUUCGAGAGUUAUCGUAAGUUUAUUAUUUUAGUGUUAAAGUAACUCAAAUAAGUGGCAAUACAUUAUCCAGUCAUAUUCCUGCUGUUCUACCAGUGGUCAGUCUUCUCAGAAGCCCAGAGGUCAAAUAUUUUAAAAAGAAAUGAACAUUAAAAUGUUGCAGAUUUUUAAAAAAAAAACAGUGAGAGGGGCAAACACAUCUUUAUUGAAACAAAACAUUUUAUACAACAACCAAAGACCUUACAAGCCACAAAUGUGUAUAUAAAUAAAAAGCACAGUAUUGACCCUCUUCAUACAGUUCCUGUCGAGCUGUCAGAACAAUUUAACCUUUCUCUCUCACACACACAUAUAUACGCACACUUACAACCAAGAGAAACCACAACUUGAGUUACACUGGUACACAAUUCUGCAUCUGAGUUAGGAAUCAAAUAGAUUUCUGAUACUGCAGCAACUGAAAGCAUGCAACACAUUACUGCAGCUACUGGUAACUGACUUUUUUUGCUACUUUUUUUUAUGUCAUGACAU